AUGCUUUUGGGAAGGCCCUGGAUUCACGAGAAUGAAAUUAUACCAUCUACUCUGCAUCAAUGUUUCAAAUAUUGUCGAGACGGUAUUGUUAAGAAAGUUACUGCCGAUGACAAACCUUUCACGGAAGCCGAAACUCACUUUGCCGAUGCCAAAUUUUAUCUUCACAAAGAAGCAAAAAGAAAGGAAUCGGUAAGGGAAGAGAGUCAAGAUUCCAAAGUAUCCAUUUUGCGGUAUACUCCAAGAUCAAAGAGAGAAGAAGGUCAGUCUUCUUUUAUCAGAAAUGACACAUUAAAUGUUCCGCUCACCAAGAUAGAGCCUGUUAAAAUUGAGAAGGUGAGCUUGCAAGGGUUUGUUCGUCCCAAAGAAGAACCGGCAGUGGAACAUUAUUCGCUACCAACUAAUCGGACUCAAGAAGGUUUUGAUCCAAACGCCUAUAGACUUCUUGCUAAGGCGGGUUAUAACCCAAAUAAGAAGAAUACAUUGGGCAAACUCCCUCCUGAAGUGACUGGCGAGAGGACUCACGGAUUGACACCUACGCAGAAAAUGUUGAAAGAAAGGGGCUAUAAUGUUGAAAGUUCAUCGAUGGGUCUUGGUUAUCAACCGCCCUCUCCUGUUCGUAUAAUGAUCAAAAGAGCGAGUUGUAACUAUGUGAACGAAGAAAUGGAGGUCACAAGCCGAAAGAGAUCUGUGUUCGACCGAUUGGGAAAUAAGUCAAAAGGUACUUCUGUGUUUGACAGACUUGGCCCGCAGCCGAAAAAUCUGAAGUCGCCCGUCUAUGAGAGAUUAGGCAGUAAGAAACAAGAGUACCAAGUUGCCAGGGAAGAAAGUCUUACUCCAAUAAAGAAGAACAGACCAAGAAAGCGAGUCUCCAAUUUCUUCAUGCACUAUGGAGACUUAUUCAAUGUAAGAAUUGAAACCAUUUUUGAAGAACAGGGUCAAGAAAGUACGGCUUCCUGUCACCAUAUUACGAUCAGUGAUCUUGAAGAAGAAGAAGAAGAUGCAGAUGACGCUCCCGCUGAACUUGAACAAGGGGUAAAAAAUACGGUCGAUGAGCUAAAAGAGAUUAACCUUGGCACAAGCGACGAUCCUCGCCCAAUUUACAUAAGCUCUUGUAUGACUCCUGAAGAAGAAAAAGAGUAUGUUGAUUUGCUGCUCGAGUUCAGGGACGUCUUUGCCUGGAAUUACUCAGAAAUGCCUGGUUUGGAUCCAAGGGUCGCCGUUCAUAAUUUGUCCGUCAAGCGAGGAACAAAACCUGUCAAGCAAACGCAAAGGCGCUUUCGGCCUGAAUUGAUUCCUCUGAUAGAAAAUGAGAUAAAUCGAUUGAUUGAAUCCGGAUUCGUACGAGAAGUAAAAUAUCCAACAUGGAUUUCAAGCAUCGUCCCUGUAAGGAAGAAGAAUGGACAAAUCCGAAUUUGUGUUGAUUUUCGAGACUUAAAUGAGGCUUGUCCCAAAGAUGAUUUUCCGCUCCCCAUCACGGAAUUGACGGUAGAUGCUACGACCGGACAUGAAGCGCUAUCUUUUCUCGAUGGAUCGUCUGGCUACAAUCAAAUACGUAUGGCGCCCGAGGAUGAGGAGCUCACUGCCUUCCGCACCCCCAAGGGAAUUUACUGCUACAGAGUGAUGCCGUUUGGCUUGAAAAAUGCUGGAGCAACAUAUCAAAGGGCAAUGCAAAGAAUUUUUGACGAUAUGCUCCAUAAAAAUGUGGAGUGCUAUGUCGAUGAUCUUGUGGUGAAAUCAAAGAAGCGGGAAGAUCAUAUUCAAGACCUUCGAAAAGUUUUUCAACGCCUUCGGAGAUACCAACUGAAGAUGAAUCCUUUGAAGUGUGCGUUCGGAGUCACUUCUGGCAAGUUUCUCGGUUUCAUCGUUCAUCAGCGAGGAAUAGAAGUCGAUCGAUCUAAAAUUGAUGCCAUUGUGAACAUGCCUGAACCGCGAAAUAUUCAUGAAUUGAAAAGUCUUCAAGGGAAGUUGGCUUAUAUCCGCAGGUUUAUCUCUAAUUUGGCCGGACGACGCCAACCCUUCAGUCGACUGAUGAAGAAAGGGGUGCCCUUCGAGUGGGAUGAAUCGUGUAGGAAUGCCUUUACAAACAUCAAAAUGUAUCUCAUGAAUCCUCCAGUUUUGGCUGCACCCAUCCCAGGAAAACCAUUGAUUCUUUAUAUUUCCGCUCAAGAACGGUCGGUUGGGGCCUUACUUGCUCAAGAAAAUGAUGAAGGUAAGGAGAAUGCGCUGUAUUACUUGAGUCGGAUGAUGACACCUAAUGAGUUGAACUACGCACCCAUCGAGAAGUUGUGUUUGGCACUUAUAUUUGUCAUUCAGAAGUUGAAGCAUUAUUUUCAUGCACAUACUAUUCGUCUCAAAUCUAAGUCCAAUCCCAUUAAAUAUGUCAUGGCAAAACCUGUACUAUCUGAUCGGCUCGCGAGAUGGUACCUCCAGUUUCAACAGUUUGAAAUUAUUUACGUACCUGCGAAGGCUGUCAAAGGACAAAUAUUGGCAGACUUUUUAGCCGAUCAUCCCCUACCUGCUGAGUGGGAGUUGACUGAUGAACUUCCCGAUGAAGAAGUGUUUAUGGUCGAAUUGCCGUGGUCAAUGUACUUCGAUGGAGCUGCCCACCGUGAUAGAGCUGGUGCGGGAGUUGUCUUUUAUACUCCUGAAGCAGAUAUAUUGCCAUACUCUUUCACUUUAACACGCCGGUGUUCCAACCAUGUGGCUGAAUAUCAGGCGUUGAUUCUCGGUCUUGAAACGGCCGUAGACAUGAAGCAGUUGCAUCUUAGAGUCUACGGUGAUUCAAAAUUGGUGGUAAAUCAACUCCUUGGUGUUUAG